UAUUUACAUUCUGUGUUAUGUGGUUAACAUUGAUGAUCUAUAGAUCGGGUCGAUACAUUGAAAGGAGUGAAUAAACGAACAUUGAUGCAAAUUAAUUUCUCGACAUGUAACGUUUUGUUUGGCAUGUUAGACUGUAGAAGAACUGCUUAUGGAAUUUACUGUGGUUAGAGAAGCGACGAUUAAAGCAUAUUCUUUUAAUGGAUUUUUAUAAAAUGGGUUGAAAUAAAGGAUUUUUAAAAUGCCAGUUCGACGCGGACAUGUCGCCCCUCCUAAUAUCUUUAUUGAUACUAUCAUUAGAAAAUUCGACGAUCAAAAUCGAAAGUUUGUGAUUGCUAAUGCUCAGAUUGAAACUUCACCAAUUAUAUUCUGCAAUGAUGGAUUUUGUGAACUUACUGGAUAUUCACGAGCGGAGGUUAUGCAGAAAUCGUGUAUUUGUGAUUUCUUACAUGGUCCCCUUACUGGUUCACUGGGAAUUCUACAGAUUAAAGAUGCUUUACAAGGCACAGAAGAAAAACAAGUGGAAAUUCUUUACUACAAAAAAGAAGGGAAUUCUCUUGGAACAAAGUUUGUAUGUAGUGUCCUCAUAGCACCUGUUAAGAAUGAGCAUGGAGAAGUUAUAAUGUUUAUUAUAAACUAUGAGGACAUCACUUCUAACUCUAACAGAACUCAUUCUGUGGAUGUGUCAACCUUCAGAAACAAUCGUCACAAAAGCUUUAGACUACGCUUACCAUCAAUACGUAGAGAACUUAGAACAAAAGUUAAAAUAGAUAAGUCACCUGAUCCUGAGAACCCACCCAUUCCUGAAGAAGAAAAUAUGCCGCUUAAUCAACUACCAGUGCCUGGCCCUGAUUUUCCUAUUAACUCGCCACCCCUACGACACAGACCAGUGGAUGGCUGUAUUCUUGAUGUAAUGGAGGCAGAAAAGGCUAGUCAAGGAUUUAUUAGACGAGCUUCUUCUUUGGAGGGUAUAGAAACCCAGAAACAAAAUGAUCUAGAUAGAACCAGUGAUAACAGUGAACUUUCAGAUUGGGAUUCCAUUUAUGAGAAAGGUUCAUCUCCAGAGAUACGACCUCGUGCCCAGACAAUAGGGUCAAGAAUAGGAAACCAUGUCAAAUCUAGUAUGAUAAUUCAAGCUUCAAGUGAUUCUGAACUGAUCAAAAAUCGUGCCAAACAAGUGAAUGAUAGUUUAGCUAAUGCCACUGCAGACAACAUGAACAAAAUGCCAGAUCCUGAUGGGAGUAUCCCCAGUGCCAAAGGAAUUUUCUUGCCAAAUGUUCAAAAUAUGAAGCAUAAUGUAUCAGAAAAAGUUGCUCAGAAAUUUUCUGUCAAGGACCAAAUUGAAAUGGUCUUGUCUCUUGGUGCAGAUGUUUUGCCAGAAUACAAACUUCAAGCUCCACGAAUACCCAAAUGUACAAUUUUACAUUAUUCCCCAUUCAAAGCUGUAUGGGACUGGAUAAUUCUAUUACUUGUGAUAUAUACCGCCAUUUUUACUCCAUACGUUGCAGCUUUUCUGUUGAGUGAAGAGAAGCGAAAUAAAGAUCAGUCAGUACAAGAACGUUAUUCUGAUCCGUUGACAAUAAUAGACUUGAUUGUGGAUAUUAUGUUUAUUGUGGAUAUUUUGAUAAAUUUUCGUACAACAUAUGUAAACAAAAAUGAUGAAGUAGUGAGCCAUCCAGGGAAGAUUGCUGUACAUUAUUUUAAAGGAUGGUUUUUAAUUGACGUUGUUGCUGCCAUUCCAUUUGAUUUGUUAUUAUUUGGUUCAGAAACAGAUGAGACAACAACAUUAAUUGGACUGUUGAAAACAGCAAGAUUGUUACGUUUGGUGCGAGUGGCUCGUAAACUUGACCGAUACUCUGAGUAUGGUGCAGCAGUUCUUAUGUUACUUAUGGCAAUAUUUGCUCUAAUAGCUCAUUGGUUAGCAUGCAUUUGGUAUGCAAUAGGCAAUGUAGAACGACCUCAUUUAGAAAGUCCGAAAAUAGGCUGGUUAGACGAACUAGCAGAACAGACUCAUCAAUAUUAUGUCAACGACACUGGAGGACCCACGAUCAAAUCUAAAUAUGUGACAGCAUUAUACUUUACAUUCAGUAGUUUGACUAGUGUGGGAUUUGGAAAUGUAUCGCCAAAUACUAAUUCUGAGAAGAUUUUUUCCAUAAUUAUUAUGUUGAUUGGAUCUUUGAUGUAUGCCAGUAUCUUUGGUAAUGUUUCAGCAAUUAUUCAGAGACUAUACUCUGGUACAUCCAGAUACCAUAUACAAAUGAUUCGAAUCAAAGAAUUUAUACGUUUUCAUCAAAUUCCCAACCCAUUACGACAGAGGUUAGAGGAAUAUUUCCAACAUGCUUGGUCAUAUACAAAUGGUAUUGAUAUGAAUAUGGUGUUAAAGAGUUUCCCUGAAUGUUUACAAGCAGAUAUAUGUUUACAUCUUAAUAAAAAUUUAAUCAGUAAUUGUCCAGCAUUUAAAGGAGCCAGUCCUGGUUGUUUGAGAGCUUUAUCAAUGAAGUUUAAGACUACCCAUGUACCUCCAGGGGACACCCUAGUACACAGAGGAGAUGUCUUAACAGCAAUGUACUUCAUAUCUAGAGGCUCUAUAGAAAUACUUAGAGAGGAUAUAGUAGUAGCUAUUUUAGGAAAAGAUGAUGUAUUUGGAGAAAAUAUUUGUAGACAUAAGAAUGUAGGAAAGUCUAGUUGUAAUGUUCGUGCCUUGACUUACUGUGAUUUACAUAAAAUUCAUCGGGAUGAUCUCCUAGAAAUUCUAGAUAUGUAUCCAGAGUUUUCAGAUUUUUUUAUCAAGAAUUUAGAGGUCACAUUUGACCUCCGUGAUCAAGAGUUGGUUGUUCGUACAGAUAGUGAAAAUCAGCGAAGGCCAACACUUCGUCAUCGAAGAGCUAACAAGUCUUUCCAUUCUUCCUCAGGAUCUCAAGAUGAAACAGAAUAUAAAUUCCGACCCUCUCGGGCCAAAAGAUUACGGCGACAUAAGAGUCAAGAGGAUGGACCUACAAUGUCAAUGUCCUUUGAAUCAAGUGAUGAAGACAUCAGAGAAAGUGGAGUAGGAAUUUUAGAAUUCUCCCCGGCCAAAGCUGGACAAGAUAUCACACCUGCUAAGUUUGAUGACUUUGAAUCGAAGGAAGAACGUAAACGACCUUCAGGAUUUGGUUCAUCUCUUGUUGGUGCUUUUGCCAAUGUUAACAGUUUAGUAAAUGCUGUAACAGGGAGAUAUGAGCACCAAGGCAAACAGAAUGACCAAGAUGCUACUCCAUUGUUACAGGAACAUAGUCAAAGUUCGGAUACCCAGAGGAGAGUGACCUCUAGUUCCAGUGUGCCAAAGUCCACCUCGUCCAUGACACUUCCUGUUUCCAGUCCUUCCACACACUCCCAGUUUGAGGAAUGUCAGGGGGGACAACAGUUUAUUCCAGCAUCAGAGGUGUUCCAGACAGGAGGAGGACAUACAAGUCCCCAGGAUGUGGAAAGAAGGCUUGAUGAAUUGACAAGACAACUGAGUCGACUAGAGAACAAGAUGUGUUCAGAUAUUGCUAUGAUAUUGGAUAUAUUACGAACACAACUUGGUCCUGCACAAAACGUCCAGUCCGAUACCCAGGAAUCUCCCCCUGAUGGUAACCUGCCCCCACCCCCAGACUAUAAUCAGAUCAGUGAGUUUGAUGAUGAUACAAUCUCAAGUCCAGGAUCAACAGCCAAUGACACAAGCCACCUGGUAUAUCAGGAGAGGCUGGAUCACCAGUGUUUAGAAUCACCAUGGAUACGAAGAUCUGAAGAAGAACUAGAAAAAAAUAAACAAAAAUAUACAGAUUCAAAGACAUAUAAAGUGGAAAGUCAAAAUAAGGCCAUGCCAAAUAAAAAAUCAACACAUGAUCAGCCACUUACUAGUCUAUCAGGAGCAUGCUCAACAACUGACAAUAUAAACCAAUCAAAUGCAGACUCUCAAAAGAGCAUAUCAGAAGUGUCUACCACAAUCAGUGCAGACAAACCUUCUAAAACUGUUGGUUCAAAACAACAUACAGAUGUGUAGUAGCGAUAUGGAGUGACUAGCAAUAUUCCAGUUUUUUGUUUGAUAGUAGCCAAAGUUCUUUACAAACUAAAACAAACAGGUAUCAACCAAUUUACUGCAACUGGUCAGUGUAAUUUGUUCUUUGAUCUAAAAUUAAUUUAAAUAGUUGUUAGAAAAUAUAAUUAAUACUGCUCUUAUAAAACAACUGAUGUUUGCUUUCUGUUUUUCAUGUGUUCUGCCUCAGGAAUUUUUGUUUCAACAUACUUGUUAUUUUAAAGACAACUAACUGUCUAAUUGAUCACUUGCAAUAAAAAUGGUUAACACUUGUGUGGUUUCAGUUGUAAUUGUUGAAGUUUUUGUUUCUUAUUUGUUUUUUGUUUAUUGUUUAACAUCAUGUUGAUUUUUGUGUAAAAAUUGUACAAAUAAGUGCUUACUGACGAAUUGUGAUUGCUUGUAUAAUAUUGAUACUUACUAUUGAUACUUACUGACAGUUAGAUGUUACUUAUUUACUAAUUACUGUUGUUCAGUGAAUAUACAGAUAAUGUUUUAAGAACUAAGUACACUGUAGUAUAUUAACAAUAAGCCAAUACCUAUUUCAAAAUCACAUUAGAGACAAUGCAGCAGAAGACAAAAUAAUACAUUCUUAGGCUGAAAUUUAAAGUUUUUGUUUAAAGGUUAAACACAGAUUGAUAUACGACAUAUGUUCUUUUCAAGUAACUGGAAAAGAUUCUUCCAAAAGAGGUUUUUAAAAAAGUGAACAGAAAGUUAUAGCUCUGAACCGAAGUUGACCAUAAAGUAAUAAAAUCAUAGUAAAACUAUUAUAAAGGGGAGAUAAUCAUAUUUACUA